CCGUCGAAAUGGUUGUAACGUGCAUCAUUGAAUUCGAUGGGAAUCGGUUUGGUACAUUUUUUUCUGGCCAAAUGGUCACUGGCACGGUCAUACUGAAAGCCGAUAAAGCCAAGGAUGUGAAAGGUAUUUUAUUGAAAGUAUCAGGAAAAGCUACUUCACGAUGGCGUGAGAAACAAUUAAGUUACUCAAAAUAUUAUGCUGGCCAUGAGGAAUAUUUAUCAUCUUUAAUAUAUCUAUUGGGCUCCGAGGAUAAUACUAGGAGCACUUUAGGCAUGGGAGUGCACACUUAUUCAUUUGCCUGCCAACUACCACAUAACUGUCCUUCUUCCUUUGAAGGCCGUUAUGGUUCAAUAAGGUAUGUAGUCAAAGUGACACUUAUACGUCCGUGGAAAUUUGAUCAAACAUAUACCAGAGGCUUAUCUGUUCUAAAAACAGUGGAUCUGAAUUAUGAAGCGCCAGUGUUAAGAUUGCCAAUGAAUUCUGAAAAUUAUAAAACGUUUUGCUGCGGUCCUUUUAAAACCGAGCCACUAAAAUUAGAACUGCAAGUGCCGCAAACUUGUUUCGUACCGGGACAAAAUAUACCAGUUUCUGCCUUAAUUAUCAAUAAUACAAAUAUAGCUGUUUCAGAAAUUAAUUUCAGUUUAGUCAUGCUUGUGCGUUAUUUCAGCACUCAUCCGGCACGGCAUUCACGAGUAGAAAGCAUCACAAUAGCCACAGCGAAAGGUGAUAGUGUGCUGCGAAAUUGUACACGUUCAAUUACCAGAGAAUUGUCAGUGCCAUCGACUCCACCAACAUGUAUACGUUCAUGCAAUAUCAUACAGAUCGUUUAUCAGGUUGAAGUGGAAGCACGAAUGAAAGGUUUACACUCCAAACAAGCUAUAACCAUGCCUAUCAUAAUUGGUAAUGUGCCAUUAUGGAAUUCCGUUGUACACCAACAACCUAGUAGCAGUCGUAAUAUGCAAGAUCUUUCAGUUGAUGAAGACGGAGAAAACAACGCGGUGUGUAUUGAAAAAUCGGUAGAUGAUGGUUCAAUAUACAAACCAGAAAAAGAGAAUGAAACUAAACGCAGUGUAUCGAUAAUAUCCAAUGCUUUAGUAAAUACUCCCUUGCACAGUUAUCCCGAUAUGCCACCUCCUUCAUAUGAGGAAUCAGUGCAUACAAUGCGUGGCGAUAUCAAUGAGGAUGAACUACAUACAUUUGGACCUAGUGAAUUUGCACCUCUAUAUCCUGUUUACAAUUUCCAACAAUUCAAUAAUUCCGCACCGCUGCAGGCAACAAAUGCAUCACAAAAUGGUGGUUACGUUAAUCCUAGUUUUGUUAGUUGAGAAAAGUAAUAUUAAAGGAUAAUAAAAAUGUUCAAGCUUAUGAAUUAAUCAGAAAAAAAGUUAUUGUAAAAGAAGAU